GCGCAGAAAAGAGAGGGGUGAGUUUCAUACGUUUCUGUAACCAACAGACUGAGAGAGAGAGAGAGAGAGAAAAGAGAGAGAGAGCAAGAAGAGGAAGAAGGAAAAAACAGAGGCAAGGAAAGAAUCCCGUCUCCUCUGUUGGCUGUAGUGUGGUGAGAGCACUGGCUAGAAGAGCAUCCUUUCUACCUAAGUUUCCCGAAGCCCGGAGUUUAGCGGUUUUUCCGGCGGUGGACGCCUCUCUGAGUCUGUUUCUUUCUCUGUGUUGCCCUCUUCAGAAGGGGAGAGGAUUGAACGCCUCCUGAUUCCCAAAGAGGUCACGUUUUCUCGGUUUCUCUUUUGGGUUAUCGGUUUCGUAAAUUCUGACGUAGGUUUUUUGUUUUUUGGGGCGAAGGGGAAAGUGGGGAGGAAGUUUGGGUGGGUUUAGGUUUUCUUCUGGGGGAAGGGGAGUAGCGGAUAGAGGGCGGGGAAGUGUGUUCGGUUUUCCUCUUGGCUUGGGCAUCCGAUUUUUGUUUUUCGGGGUAAUCGUUGGGUUAUUGACUUGUCUUUCUUUCUUUUUGUCUUUCUCGUUGUUUAUCCUCUGGAGGUUGCAUCCUGUUUGGUUUCUUUUGGACGACUUUCCCUUCUACUCGCAUGGUUUCUUUUAGGGUUUUCUAGUUUUUAGUUUAAUUUUGGUACUGGCUUGCCGGAUUUUAGGGUUUCUUCCGCCACUCUUCUCUUGUGGUUCAUCGAGAACGGCUGUUAGGCCGUUCUCGCUCGCAAAGAGAAUUGCCCUUCUGAGUUUUGGGGCAAUGGGUGGAUUGCGCGGCGGUUUGUAGCUAUGGCAUUGCUGGAAAAUGAAGGUGUUGGGGUUUAGAUUCGUGGGGUUGGUUUUUUGACGAUCUGCCGGGUGUGGUAGCGCAUUCCUCAUCGUUUCUCUUCAUCUACAUCAGGCUCGGUUUCCAGGCAUGCUUUCCCUGCCCUGGUUAAUGUGGGGAAGAUUUCUGAUUCGGUGAAGAGUUGUGUUGUUCCGUGUUACUAAGUUGAUGCAAGAUUUGGCGUUGGAAGGAGGAAUUUAUUGCCGGAAAAGUGGAAACUGUAGAUACUUAGAUAAGUUGGGUUGCUUUGCUGAUUCAUCGAAUUCAUACGUACCUCUAUGUAAAGAAGAAUUCAUCAGGCUCUCUCCAUUUCCAGUAUCGUCACUCCUCCACCUAGGCACGAGGAGAUGAUAUUAAUGUCAUUGUUGUCAGAAGGAGGCUUGCCGAGCUGGUGAUCGAAUGUAAAUUUUGGUGAGAGAUUUGGGUCUUCGGUUAAUGCCGUUGUGAACGGGAUACUAUAUAGUCUAGUCGUGGUGAAGAAGGCUCUGGCGAAGGUUUAGUCUUCUUGAGUUUUAGACAUCUAGAACGUGGGGAAGGUUUUGCCCUUGAUUUGAGGUUAGGAUAUUACUAAUUUCCCGAUUGUACAGACGACACAGUUUCUUUUGCAAUGAUAGUUUGUUGAAUAUACUAUUAGUACCUUGUGGUCGCGUGUAACUUGAUAAUGGUUGAAAAGUGCUAUGGAGAAAGGUGAGCCAACAUUUGUUCCUGAAUGGUUGAAGGCAUCCACUGGGAGCUCAGUGGGGGGUGUAAGCACCCCCCACCAUCUCAACUCAAAUUCCCAAUCGGAUGACUCUCCUGUCAUGCAUUUGAGUAGAAAUAGAUCAUCUCAUUUGCAGUUCUCCGUUCCAAGUGUUAUUGAUUAUGAUGCCCCCCGUCCUUCCUCAUUUGUGGAGAAAAGUUCUACCUCUCAUUUUCGUCGGAGUUCUAGUAGUAAUGGUAGUUUGAUGCAUGACAAGGACACUCCAUCAUAUUCACGCACAUACAAUAGCUUUGGACGGAAUCAUAGAGGUUACGCUUAUGAGCUUGAUAAGGAUAUUGCACGAUUUGAUCGGAGUAAGGACCGAGAAAGAGACUGGGAGAAAGAUAGAACAACUUUGGGUGAUCUUAGGGACAGGGACCGUGAUUAUGUUGAUCCUCUAACCAAUAAUGUAGUGGGCAGUAGGCUUGAGAAAGAGACCUUGUGUUGGUCACAAUCCACAAUUUCUGGGAAAAAGGGUGAGAGGAGCGACAGUAAGGUUAAAAGGCCAGGGAAUGAUUUGGGAGGUACAAAUAAUGGCUUGGUUAACAGUGGAGGUCUUGUCAGCAGCAUGUACAAGGCAACAUUUGAAAGGGAUUUCCCUUCUCUAGGUUCUGAUGACAAGCAUGGACGAUUGGGCACAGGAGCUCCUGAUAUAUGUAGGGUUCCCUCUCCUGGACUCACCACAGUUGCUCAAGGAUUGCCAUUAGGAAGUGCAUCGGUUAUUGGUGGUGAUGGCUGGACAUCUGCUUUGGUUGAAGUUCCAGUUAUAAUUGGAAGCAACAGUUCCUUGAUUCCAUCUGCUCAGCAGACUUCUUCUGUAAAUGCAGCUUCUGUGCCGCCAAACACACAUACUGGUCUUAAUAUGGCUGAAACAUUAGCUCAAGCUCCUGCACGUGCUCGGUCUACUCCACAGCUAUCUAUUGAGACCCAGAAGCUUGAAGAAUUGGCUAUCAAGCAGUCAAGACAAUUGAUACCUGUGAUACCUUCAAUGUCUGCAAAGCUGGCACUUGGCUCCUCAGAUAAAGCAAAACCAAAGACAGUGCGACCUGGAUCUCUGCUUGUUAACUCCGUACGUGGACCUGUAAGACCUGAUUCUCCCAAGUCAUCUCAAGGUGGGAAGCUGCUGGUUCUCAAGCCCAACCGUGAAGUGAAUGGAAUAUCUCCUACUUUGAAAGAUAGUUUGGCAUCUUCAACCAAAGUUCCACUUAACUCUGCCAGUAUCUCACCAUCAGCUGGAUCUGGUUCUAAUAACUCAAAAUACACAAAGCCUGUGGCAGAUCGUAAAUCACCAGUUCUGUCAGCAGGGCAGAUAUUUGAUGAGAAAAGAUCCUCUACUCAAGGCCAAAACAGGACUGAGUUCUUCAAUUCUCUGAGAAGGAAGACCGCAAAUGCAACAACUUCUUCAGUGCAGCCUAAUCACGGUUUGCCCUCUAAUGCAGAUAAGUUGGAAGUGCAGGAUGGUGAGGUUGUCUCUGUCGAUCAGAUGAAAGAUAUCCAUGAUGCAGAUAUUGAACCUGCCUUGCAGGACAAUGGUGAUGUGUGUGAAGAAUCGAUAAGCAUUUUGGGUGAUGAAAAGAAGGAUGAUGAUUUACAUGGAAUUUCAGUUGCCCCAGAAGAAGAAGAGGCAGCUUUCUUGAGGUCCCUUGGAUGGGACGAGGGUGCUGGUGAGGAAGCAUUGACAGAAGAGGAAAUUAAUUCCUUCUAUGAGCUAAUGAAGCAAAGGCCAUCUGCUUCAUUCCAUCAGAGAGUUCAGUAUUUUAAGGAUGGAACUUCUGAGCCUAAUGCAAUCAGUAGCGCUGGGAGUACUUCUGGACUGAGCUCAUCUGAUUCUGAGACUGAUGGUUGACUAGUUUUGUAGGUUUUUCUGCAUCAAAGGUUUCUAUUAUAGUUUUCAGGAUUCAUCUGAAAUUGAGGUCUCAGAGAUAGAUUGCAGUUGAGGAGCGUACUCCGUAAAGAUCAACAAAUAUAUGUUACACAUGAGUUCCUGGAAAUGGAGGUGUAAUAAAUUGCUUGCACCGGGUCUUUCUGUUUGGCCUUUCACUUCUUCUAGUGGUUCUUCUCUGAAGUGUGGUGUAAUGCUCCAAAGCUUUUUGUAAGGUUGGGGUGGUUUUUGUCAUUUACCAGUCUCGGAACAUCAACCUUGGCAUAUCUGACAACUGUCUUUGUGUCGUCUGGAAAAUUUGAAUGGCUGCUCUCGAUGCUAUUUUUUUGAGAAGAGGAAAAAAGAGGUGAAUGUGGAAAUAUUGAGCUUGUCUAA